AUGCUUUAUGAAGACGACACGCAGAUCUGUCUUACAUCGGGAAACGAACAUGGAGUCACUGUAGACAAGAUCGAAAAUUGUAUCAAGCACAUCAUAGGAUGGUGCUCCAACAACUUCUUGCUAUGCAACACAGAUAAGACGAAGGUGAUCCACUUUUCGUCUAAAUUCAGCAGCGCUGAACCCAUCCACGUGGUUAACAUUGGAGCUGAUGCUGUACAGUUAAAACCUGAGGUGUGUAAUCUGGGUAUCAUGUUGGACAAACAUCUGGUCAUGACUAAGCAAAUUAAUGAUGAGAGCAAACAAGUGGUUUGCAGUAGUCAUUUUUCGGAAAAAGACAUUGAUAAAACAUUAACUGGGAUCAAGAAACUGAAAAGAGACGCGGAACCAUCACUUGGUCAUCAAUGGAGUAAACCUAAAGAUACCAACAAAAGAGCACUUCCUAAAUCAAGAAAAGUUGAGACACUGGACAAAAGAAAUGAAGAUAUUGUAACUAGUUGUGAUAUCGAAGAGGAUGUUGCAGUUCCAGUGGAAAACAUCGAUAAUAUGGAGGGCUACCAAGAAAACUCUCAGGAUGAUCUUAUAAAAGAGCUGAGGAUGCAAGUAGAUGGACUUCAGAAACAAGUACAGUCAUUAAACGAUGAAUGUCAGUAUCACAAGAGCAAAUAUUUUCUCUCAAUUACACCAUUGAUUUCGUUUUGAUUUGUCACUCGGGAAAGAGAAUAAAUUCAAGUCUGGGUUCUUAUAAAAAGCGUUCGUACAACAAUAGGCAGCACAUUGCGGACCUACGCUUUUUCUUUCGUUUUUCAAACGUUUCGAGCUCAUUUUUACUUGAACAGUCACCGGAACUACCGUAUAAACGUUUCAAGCCUUUCAAGACGACUCAAGGUCAGCCUUGCUUUCAUGCAAAUCCAAGAUGGCGUCCAGGUAACCGUGAAAUGGACUAUUGCGCAUUCUGUCCAUCAGCUGCAGAGCAAAAGAAGGUGCAUUUUUUGGUUCAUAUGGAACCGUCCCUCACUUUGUGUCCGAGGUUGAGUGUCGAGCUGGCCUUUUUAUUAGCUGCUUUAUAGUUUGCUUGACAGAUAAAUAAUGUAGAAAAUCAUAUUACUUAAUUAAGUGAGCAUGUGCUUUGCAUAAGUAAGUAAUAUAAACAAAAGAAAUAAUGUACAAGAUUGACAGAAGAUUAACCAUUGAUAAUGCCCUUGUAUGGGUAGGUAAGCUAAUAGAUUGUUUGCCUCAUAGAAUUAUAAAAUUAACCUAACAUUUAGGGUACAAACGCUAGAUUGCAAAUAUUAUUCCAUGAAAUAGCUAACUAACUAAAUAACACUAAUUUCUGCAAAAUCCUUUGUCUUCUGUUGUUUAAGUAGUGCUAUUUAUCACUUAUUA